AUGAAGACCGACAGAUCAAGCGAAGGCCUGGUACAGCAGUAUGGUGGCCGCCACACGGGCAGCUGGGUCGGUUACCUUCCGGCAUCUUGGAUUCCUUACGUUCAGCUUGCACGUCUGAGCCCCCCUGCCGGGCUCUUUCUCAUACUCUUCCCUCAUAUUUUCGGCGUUAUACAUGCGGCCAUGAUACUACGGGCCCCUUUCGCCGACGCUAUGACUGCCGGGAUACUGGUCGCGGGCGGCAGCUUCUUUCUCUCGAACGCUUGCCAUGGCUGGAACGAUUUUAUAGAUGCGCCCUUUGACAAACUAGUGGCUCGUACACGGAACCGCCCUAUCGUGAGGGGCGCUGUUUCGCCCCGAGGAGCACUGCUCUUCGUAUUCUCUCAAUGCCUAGGAGCAGCUGUCAUCCUAUCGAUACUACCUAAUAUCGCAGCAUGGACGGCAAUACCGGGAAUCGCUCUACAUAUAUACUACCCCUAUUCCAAGCAACAUACUCAUUUGGCACAAUUUGUGUUGGGAUUUACCUUGGCCUGGGGUGUUUACGUUGGGACCGCAGCCAUGGGCGUUGACCCCAGUAGUGAUGUCUUCGCUCCUACGACUUGUCUGUUUGGCGCGUCUGUCCUCUGGACAGUCAUCUACGACACAAUCUACACUUUUCAAGAUAUCGCCGAUGAUGAGAAAAUCGGACUUAAGAGCACCGCCAUUCUAUUACGCGACUGGACGAAACCGUUUCUCUUGGUUUCCCUUGGCUGUGUUGCCACUCUGCUUACCACAUACGGCCAGUUGUGCGCCAUGAAUACCGGGUUUUAUAUUUUCGGAAUAGGAGGUAGUCUCGCGUCACUAGGUACAAUGAUCAUGAAGGUUGAGCUGAAGGAUCCAUUCAGUUGCUGGUGGUGGUUUCGAUAUGGAUUCUGGUUGGCUGGUGGCUCUAUUGUAGGCGGCUUGCUCUCAGCUUAUAUUAUGCGUUAG